GACCUUCACUGGACACUCUCGAAACAAGGGGUGGUGACAUAAUGUCUACACAGUCCACCUGGCCUUACUCCAGCCUCACCCAAGCACCUACCAACCUGAAGGAGGCCAUUGACUGGGUCCUCAGGGUAACUGGUAAGGAUGGUAAGAAGAAUGCAGCGGCGGCUUCGCCGCCCCAAUUCGGCUGCAUCUGUUUCCUCGCUAAGGCAGUGAAGGACCUACUGUAUGACGCCAAGGACCCGGGGUCCCCUGGUCCCAGCUCUGAGAGGUACUGGGAUGGCAUACUCCUAGAGCAGGAGAGUGACAUUGUCAAUCCAGUGCUCACGGACCUGGGACUCCUUAAUGGUGGCAGCACUGAUAGCACUACUGCUAGUACUACCUGCGCCGGUGGUACCGAGGUCAUAAGGGCACUGAUAGACCAGUUGGCACAGGGACUACAGAAGUGGGUUGGGUGGCAGGAAGGGGAUACGUGUUGUCUUAAAGGAACAGGUGGAGAGAGUAAUGGGAUAGGAAGGGAGUGUAAAUGUACUGGUAGUAGUAGUGUUGGUGCCAAUUGUUGUAGUACCAGUGGUAGUGCUGGUACUACUUGUCAUGAUUGUGGCAAGUGUGGUACCAGUAGUGCUGGCCAAAAAUGCUACUUGUCAGCCUAUUGCAAAAAGACCGCCACUUCUGGUGGUGGCAGCAACACUGAAGGUGACUACUACUGGCCCACCCUCUCGGACAAGGCAGAUCAAGUCCACCUCCUGGCCCGUAUUUUCCUAGGGUCAGUAUGUCUCAUCUGGAGUGGACUCAGUCAGUUGGGAUUCCUAACAGGAAAGGGGAGUGGUGGCAAGGACAAUAGGUGGAAGAAUAGUAGUUUGCACAAGAUAGAUGGUACCGAUGCCGGUCUCGGCUCAUUCAUGGCGGCGAUGGGCUACGACCUGGAGAGGUUGAAUCAGGGGAGUGGAGGUGAUAAGACGGGGCAGUUUGUGCAAAAGUUACUAUCGGGAACGGAUCCAAGUGGAAAGGAUGGUAUCCAAUGGAAGGAAUUCCAGGGAGACAGUGCUACUAAGGGUAGUGUAGCUGAGUACUAUAGUGAAAUCUAUGAGAAGGCCAAGGAGGCUGCCAAGAGUACUACUGAAUCCAUCUGUAAGGACUACCCCCUAUUGGUACUACACAUCCUGGCCAGUGGGUACUUCAGGGCAGGUAGUGCCGGGGCUAAUAAAGUACCUGUGGCGCCUUCGGCGCCAUCUAGUGAUCCUAGGAAACCUAGGACAAUCCGGGAGAUCCUAUACUGGCUAAGUGCAUUGCCCUAUAGUCAGGGAUACAAGGCACUGGUGGAGAGGAUGCAACAAAAGUAUCCUAGGAAAGAGGGCAAACCACAGGAAACAGCGACGGAAAUAGUGCUUCACGGUGAGCAGAAUGGCAAUACCACCCUCAAGAGGGACUGUAUUACCCACUACCUAAUGGCCGCCUGUGGCUACUGCCCACUGGUACUCAUCGGUAUCCAGGGGACCAUAGCUACCAGUGGCAUUGAAAGUGCUCCUGCUACAGGUGCCGGAGGAGUUGCUGCUGGUACUGCGGAGAAUAAGUGCACCAAUUAUGGCAAGAAGAAAGAAGAAAAGACAGAUUGCAACAAAGAUAAUGAACUCACCAAGCAAGGAAAGGUAUGCUACAGGGGGUACCACCUGGCAGUAAAGGAUUUCGGCCCCCUCCAUGGGAUGUACGCCAAUGGGCUCUUUGGCUUCCAGAUGGACCUUUCGGCCGCCCAGUGCCUGGACCAACUGAGGGUAUAUGUCUACCACUGCUUCUACCAGCUCUAUUUCCUGAGGAAGCAAUGCACGGUGGGAGUGGCAGGAGACAAGAAGGCUGUGCUGGGCUGGCAGAGUUGUAGGUAUGGUAGUGGAGUGAAUCCCAGUGGUGGAGUCAAGAAUUCACAUCCUUGGUUAUGUGAGACCAAAAGUGGGACGGACUGUCAGUGCAAGACUGUCAGUGGUAAGGACUCACCACUGAUGUUAUUCCUGUGUGAUGGAAUAGGAUCUAUGGUCUGCAAAAGGACAGUGGAAAGAACCCCCGAUAGUGAUACGAACACCUAUCCCGAAAUUAUUGAGCAUAUUAACACUAAGGAUGACAAUCCUAAGGGUCACUUCGACCCGCCACUGCUGAAGUUCCCUCAGAUAUGUCCUGUUCCUAUGGGAUGGCAGUCAGAGAGUAAAUAUGGUCACUUCAAAGAUUUGAAAGAGACGCACAAGACAGAGGCACUACAGCAACCAGGCCAAGGCACUUACCCUGUACACUGCACUGGGAAUACACUGUCACAUCUCCUGGAGUACUACUGUGACCCAGAAAAGUGCCAAAGUGGCACCCUAGUGGUACUACUGAGACUACUGGCGUGUAUUACUCCUACGGUGCCACGGACUCUGGGUGACCUCUUUGGGUUCUAUUACUAUGUAGUCUACAUUGGGGGAAAUGGGAAUGGAAGUAAUGAAGUGAAGAAGAAGCUAGGAGAUUUAGAAAAGGAGGUGGUACUCUAUAUGGGUCAAGGUGAUAAAGUGGUCGAGGCACUCACUGGGUGGAGCAGUGGAGAUUGCCAGACAGGCACAAAAGGAACCCUCAAAUGCCUAACAGGGUGCAAUACGGGUGCCCCUAGUGGUCAAUGCUCUCAAUACCUCUCUCCUCUGAGUGGCCAGCAGUAUGGCCAGUUGAGUCCCUUGAUGGCAGGGACCUACCUGUCAUGGUUGGUCUAUUUGAUUGAAAAGUUUGAGAAAGGACUAGAGGGGUUGAAAGAGGAGUUCAAGAAGGUGGAUUGUAAGGGUGAUGGGUGUGGUAGAGGUCAGGGAGCUGGUGGUGGAUGUGGCAAUGGUACAUGCACCAGUGGAACCCAUGGUGAUAAGUGCACUGGUGGUAGUGGCAGUGGCGGAGUCUGUAAGUGUGCCUCUGUCGUAUCAUGUACCGGGGUACUACCGGUAUUGUACAAGUAUGGCUUUGGGUAUGGUAAUGUAGAGAAGCUGCACAAUGGUCCAGGUCCGAAGAAGUGCCACGACUUCCUGGAGACCUUGAAGGGAGUCCUAGGCGGUGAGCAAUUGGACAGCGCCAAAAAAGGCCUCCACCAUGAAAUAAAUAAGCUCAUCUACACCACCAGGCUGCCCUGGAUCUUUGUUCUCACGGUAGCGUGGCUAAUGGCGGUGCUAUACCUAGCAUUUGGUGCCAUAUGGCCACUGGACUGGACACAUAUGAGGUCACAUUGUAGGGGAUGGUUCAGGAAGGGUAGUCUGAGUCCAUGGGAGGUACUGAUGGUGGGUAAGAAGAAGGGGAGGGGGAUACUAGAGUUUUUUGGUAAGACAUAGAGGCGCCUUCGGCGAGACAAGUAGGGAUAAUAUUCUGUGUUUUACCCGAUGUUGAUGGGGUUGGGUAGUGAGAGAUAGGGGCGCCUUCGGCGCAACGGUGAUAUAAGGGCGCGCCCGUGGAGAUAGCACCUGACA